AUGAAGUCGACCAAAUUACUAGACGGCCAUGGGAGUCUCUACAAAGAAGUGCGCUUCUCUCCGACCGAACCACUACGUCGCACAAAAUCCGUUUCAGCCACGUUUCCUCAUGUCCCUUCAGGCUACGGCCAAACCGCAUUGCAAGACUCGGUGUUGGUGAAUUCGUUCGCUAUGGAGACGUCCUAUAUCGACCAAUCGCGAUCGCUUCUUCACAGCCAACGGGUGAAUUUCGAGACGGAGAGAGAAUUGUUCGCACAGGAACGACGGUUGUGGGAGAAAGAGCGCGCGCUGCUGCGAUCAAAAAUCGCCGAGCUGGAGGCGUUCGUGAAGAGUCACGGGAACAGAACAAACCAAUUGGGAUCGGAAGCCGUCAAACAUGUGCUUGCGGGUGGAAUACCGCAGUUUAACACAAGUGGCUUCGCAGCGCAGGUGUGGGAGGGGACUAGUCCAGGCACGCGGCCAACAAGGGUGUUCUUCGAUCAUGAAUCGCCAGACCAAAGCUAUCUAUCGCCAACCUCCGAAAGUGGGGAUCCACCAUCCCUUGAUCGGGCCCUCUCGCCCCGGUCGCGACCAGUAGACGCUUCUGGACCGACUGUGAGUCUGCCGGUGCCGAUCGAAAAGCUUGACAGAACCUUGGACGGCAUCACGCUCAAGUCCACGGCGCUGCCACCUGCCGUAGUAGCUCGAGUGAUCACCCCGCCCUCCCCAUCGCCCCUGGGAACCUCCCCUGGAAUUGCCCCUACCACCGCUGCAAGGCCUCCUAUGGAACAUCGAGCUAGUCUCAGACUGAAGCUGUCAGAGCUUGGCCCGCCCAAUGAGAACUUGCUCCGCCAUGCAGGUCACACCCCGAUGGCGAUCAUCGACGCCGAUGAUAGUCGGUCCACCCAGCCGGGGUCUCCCCUCGAGGUUGCUCCCGAGCUUGAGGACGCCCCUCUUGCGCCCGUGACAACGGAAGUUCAUCAACCCUCCGAAAAUAAGGUCUCCUACUUUCCGGAUGUGCCAGAUGACCCCGGUUUGAAGGGGCCUCUCGGUUUGAUUAAUGAUGAGGAGCAUGACUCCAAGUUUUUAGAUCAACUGAAUCAGAAACUCCUAGUUGAAGCAAAAAAUAUCCUGGGAAGCUCGGUUGAAUCGGCUGAUCCUAAUGAGUCUGAUUCUGAAUCUGAGUUCCCUGACCAAGACCAACAGCCUGAAAUCAGGUUCAAGCAAUCAACUAAUUUCGGCACUGCAUUCGGGAUAUCGAACCCGGGUCAAGUCUAA